GCGAGCGAGAGAGAGAGAGAGAGACAGAGAGAGAGAGAGAGAGAGAGAGAGGACGACGUCUGGGCGGAUUUGGCGCCGGUGGCGUCUUUGGCAGUCCAACACACAACAAGCUGCUUAUUAGUGAGCGAGCGAGCGAGCGAGCUCCCAAACGGAUUUAUGCGCACGGAAGCAGGAGUAGUAGAGGAUGCUGAGUAUCUUGGCUCCACGCCGCCACCCUUGCUUUCCAUGAGCUGAGUGAGCCACCCAACGGGAAGAACCAAUCACUCGCCAACGCCAGAAAGAGGAGGAUUGAAGGAAGGCAGGGAGGAAGGAAGGAAGGAAGGCAGGGAGGAAGGAAGGAAGCCAGGGAGGAACACACCUUUUUGGAGGCUGCACUUUAUUUCCACCUUGGGAAAUGGCAGCAACAGAAGCCAGCACGGCACCUGCGGUCCAAGAAGAUGCAAAGACUCCGGAAAGCAAACAGGCAGAGGCGGGACAACCCAGCCACAACUCAGAGAGUGUCCAGAGUCAAGCGGUAGACAAAGACAGCGAGGUCAACAGCGGGGUCAACAGCGGGGUCAACAGCGGGGUCAACCUGACCAAAGAGACUGUCGACAACGACACCUCGGUAGAAGCGGCGGCGAGCGCCGACGAAGAAGAAGCCGCAGCGAGCGGCGGCGAGGCGCCCGCCCCCCGCGGCUCCGAGAACCACGAGCACAAGACCUCCCUCCUGGACUCCUUCCUGAACAAGAGCGGCCUGGGUAAGGUGAUGUCGGGACGAAAAAAGAAAGAGGCCAGCGCCAGCGCCACCACGGAGGAGGCCAACGCGGGAGCCGGCUCAGAGGAGGCCGACGCGGGAGCCGGCUCGGAGGAGCCAGAGAAAGCCGCCGAGCUGCCGCUAUCUGAGGGAGGGGCAGAAGGAGGCAGCCAGGGCGAGGGAACACUGGAAAAUGAGAAAACACUGCAAAAUGGAGAGAAGGAGCACGAGAAGAAGUGCAAAGAAUCCAAGUCUUCCGUUCGAGAUCUGAUCAGGAAGCCGGUGGCCAAGAUCUUCUCCCAUCGGAGCACAGAAAAGAAGGAGGGCAACGACGGCGCAGAAUCUCCCAAACAAGUCCAGGCGCGCUCAAAGUCCCUGGACCGCCUAGAGGAUCCCCAAGCACUUCACGCAGAAGACUCGGCUGUCGCCGCCGCAGCCGAAGGGGCAGCGGAGGCGGAUCACAAAGCCUCCACCAAGCACAUGAAGCGUUGGCACUCCUUCAAGAAGCUCAUGGCCCAGAAAGCACACAAGCGCAGCGCCGAAGACGGCGGCGAACGAGAAGGAGGCGGAGACUCCUCCACAUUGGACUCCAAGGAGUCGGGCCAGAAGAGGUGGAAGCUCAAGCGCUCCUGGACAUUCCAGGGCCUCAAGAGGGACACGUCCAUGGUGGGCAUCAGCGGCAAGACCAAGGGCUCCGACAAGCCGGAGGAGGGGCCAGACGCCGAGCCGGCCGCCGAGCCGGCCGCCGAGCCCGCCGCCGAGCCGGCCGCCGAGCCCGCGGCCGAGCUCGCCGCCGGGCCCGCCGCCGAGCCCGCCGCCGAGCCCGCUGCCGACCAGGCCCAGGCCCGGGCCGACCGGGAGAAGGCGGAGGCCAGUGAAGACGACAAGGUGAGCGGCGGAGCCAGCGUCACGCAGCACGCCAACGAGAUCUGGACCUCCUUCAAGAAGCGCGUCAUCCCCAAGUCCAGGCGCGCAAACACCGAGUGCCAACCCGGCGGGGACGAGGACGCCGCCACCGCUGCCGCUCCUGCAGGCGAGGCCGACGGCACGGCGGACGACGGAAAAGACGGCAAGUCCGCCAAGGCCAAGCGCUCCCACUUUGGCCGGGCUGUCUCCCUCAAGAACUUCAUCCUGCGCAAAGGCAAGUCCACCAGCGUGGACAUGGGCGACGGCGCCAAGGAGGAGGACGAGGAGGCCGCCGCUGCUGGCACCGGCACGGCGGCCAGCGCCGACACCACCGCUGGCACCACCGACAGCGCCGCCGCCGCCGCGGAAGAGGACGGCAAAGGAAACGGUCAAGCAGACGGCAAGGGAGAAAAGAACCCUCCCGCCGACAAGGGCGUCCAGAGACAGGAAGCCGAGCCCGAGGCGCAGAAGACGCCCGGCCGCGCCCCCGUCACCAACGGCCAAAACGGCUGCGAGAACGGAAGCGCCGAGGACGAGGCGCACAAUCAUCGAGAGGGUGACGAGAAGAACGGCAGCCCCGUCAAGAAGAGCAAGGAGCUGGCCGCGGCCAAGGAGGAGACCAACGCCAAGGUCAUCAACACGGCGGCGCCACCUGUGAACAGCGGUGAGUUACUGCACCAUAGCAAGCAGCUGAGGGGGGAGGAGGAGGAGGAGGAGCAGGACCGAGAAGACCAGGAGGUGAGCAAGAGGGAGCUGCGCCAUGUGGCCGUGGCCAUCGUCCGCAGCGUGAUGUCGGCCGCCGCUGACCAAUUAGAGCGCGGCGAGCUGUGCCACGGCGGCGGCGGCGGCGCGCUCCACGCCAGCCCCACCUGCUAA